UCAUUUAGAAAUGAAUUGAUAUGAUAAUCUACACAGGAGUUGUUAAAGUUAAAAACAAUUUGUCGUGUCAUGAUAAUGUGGUGAAUGUGAUAUUGAUAGAAAGUCAGGUCAUGAAAUAUACAUUGUGCUAAUAUUAACCUCAUUUAAUGUUAAUGCUAUAAGGGUUAAAAAUGGUGUAAAGGACUUCAGUGUUUCAGUAGUUUGAAGUUAUUUUGGUUCCACUGUAUUGCUUAUCUCUGGAGAUCAGGAAUGUGCUUAAAAAAUCAGAUAAAGCAGUUGCUAAAAGUGCUAGAAAAUGCUGUUGUAUAUCAGUCAUAAUAAAAUAAAAAAAGUAAAAGGAUUAUGCCACCUUGUUGUGACAUGAGAAUCUCUAUUUAAACUGUACAUUUGAUGUAUACUAAACUGUGUACUAUGACUGUCUGCAACUAGCAGUUAAAUUGAAUGUGACACUGAGGCUCCUUGGACAUGCUAUGACAAGAUAAAGAUUUCUUUAACAUAUCAACUUUCGCUUCAGCAUUCAGUUUACUGUCGAAAACUGCUGAUCUGCCAACCAGGUCCCUUAGCUACGUGUCUCUUGAAACAAAGAUUCAUAUUACAAGAAGGCGUUCAGUUUCUACUGGAUGUAUGUUUAAUCAGAUAUUUACUUGAUGUUCAUGCUGGUGCACUCAUUUAGCUAUUAAACGUUAAUAAAUAAAUAUAUUAAGGACUCAGUUCAUUGAAACAGCUACAUCAACUUAUGAGGACAUCAGAUUGUGACCUUGGAAUUUUAAUGCUGUGAUUUUAAAAUAUUGAGCCAAUUUUUUGUUAUUGUGUAUUAAGGUAUAUUUAGUGUCAGUCACACAUUUGCACUCACCGGAUACUUUAAGAGGAACACUUGUAUACCUGCUCAUUCAUGCAACUAUAUUAUCAGCCAAUUAUGCAGAUUCAGCUUCAGUUAUUUAAAUAUGUCUUCUCAGUGGCUUUGACCAUUUCAUGAUUGUAGUGCCAGACUGGCUGCUUUGAGUAUUUCUGCAAUUGCUGGUGUCUUGGGAUUUUCACACACAACAGUAACUCAAAUAUUCACUUGUUACAACCGUGGUGAACAGAAAAGCAUCUCACGUCAACUUUAUGCAUGCAAAUCCCAGGAAAUGAGCAGUUUCUGAAGUUUGCAAACUUCUAUACAAAUGUGCUAAUUAAUCCGGAAUUAUGCCUCAUCCACUAGCUGAAAUUAAAUGACCUGAAUACCAUGUUCUGAUACAGGUUAAAACGGAAAUGGAAAUGAAAAGCUACUCCCUGGAUUGUGGAGGAUACCUGGGGAAGUCCAAAGAGUGUAAGAUGAGGAGGGGUUCUGAGAGCAUGAAGGGUCGUGUAAUGGACGAACCACAUUUUGAACUCCAUAACAAGAACCUCCAGAGAAGCAGCUCCCUACGAACCACCAACAUAAUAGAGGAGGAGGGGGCUGAACAAACAGGACUUCUUAUUCACAGUCACAGCGUGGCUGAAUUCUCAAUUCUGACUAGUCAAAAGAGUUUCAAGAUCCAUAGCAAAACAUUCCACAAACAUUUCCCAGAAAUCUCUGAGAUGGAGGAUUUGAUUAAAGCUUUCACCUGUGCCCUCCAAAAGGAAGUCCUCUAUCAUGGCAAGAUGUACGUCACACAUCAGCAUGUGUGUUUCUACUCCUCUGUUCUACUGAAAGAGACCAAGGUUCAGAUACGUAUGUCCACAAUCCAGAUUAUAAAGAAAAAGAACACGGCAAGGGUUGUGCCCAAUGCAAUCGCCAUCAUCACCAACACUGGAGACAAAUAUCUGUUUGGGUCCUUACGGAAUCGAGAUGUGUGUUUAAGUGUCCUGAAGUCUAAAUGUCCACAGCUACAGGAUGUAGGUGCCAGCAGCAGCCCUCAAAUGUCUUCUGUAGAAAAUGGCCAUGAACUGGAAGUCGACACAAUUUCCAGUCACUCCAGUCAGGAGGACAGUGGAGACCCUCACAGGUUCUCAGGGCAGGACAGGAUGACAGAAAUCAAUGUUCCUUCCUCAUCGUCAGGCUCCAACAUUGAUUCCCACAUUGAAGCAAGAAACAACCCCACAUCAUGGAACAGCACCAACAGAGAUAGUCACUCUUCAGAGGAGAACACAGCUGUCUCCUGGGUGGCCAUGGUAACAGAGAAGAUCAGAUUUCUCCUCUCCUUGGGAGGCACAACCAACAUCAACAAACUCAUCACUGUCUAUCUCAUACUAGCUCUGCUCCUGGUCCUGUCAUCCGGCUACAUUGGUCUGCGUAUUGCAGCUUUGGAAGAGCAGCUGAGCACACUGGGAGCAACGACUGAGUUUGGCCUACAGAAAUCGUAUAAAGAAACAUAACACCUUGCCUGCGUGAAGAGCCUGGAGGAGUCAAAAAAAAGAACUCUCCGUCUCUUAACAUGCAGCACAACACAAGUCUUCACUGGCACAGUGAAAUGAUCAGGAAUCCAUCUGAAAAAAACAGACUACACCAAUCAGCCAUAAUAUUAAAACCAUUGACAGAUGAAGUAAAUAACACUGAUUAUAUAUUAGGCAGCAUCAACAGUCAGUUCUUAAAGUUGAUAUGUUGGAAGCAGGAAAAAUGGGCAAGCGUAAGAAUCUGAGCAACAUUGGUAAGGGCCAAAUUGUGUUGGCUAGACAACUGGGUCAGGGCAUCUCCAAAACUUGUAUGCAAUGGUUAUUAAUUACUAAAACUGGUCCAAGGAAGGACAACAGGCAACAGGAUCAUGGACACCCAAGGCUCACUGAUGUAUGUGGGGAGCGAAGGCUAGCCCAUGUGGUCCGAUCACAGAAGAGCUACUGUAGAACAAAUUGCUGAAAAAGUUCAUGCUGGCUAUGAUAUGAAGGUUUCAGAACCUACAGUGCGUCGCAGCUUGCUGAGGAUAACAGACUGGUCACAGUCCCAUGCUGACCCCUGUCCACUGCCGGUGUGUAUGCGUUGCUUACCUGAGUAAAAGAUGGCACCAAGCACUAUGGGAAGAAGGCAAGCCGGCGGAGGUAGUAUGAUGCACUGGGCAAUGUUCUGCUGGGAAACCUUGCAUCCUGGCCUUCAUGUGGAUGUUACUUUGACACAUACCACCUACUUAAACAUUGUUGCAGACCAAGUAUACCCCUUCAUAGCAACAGUAUUCCCUAAUGGCAGUGGCCUCUUUCAGCAGUAUAAUGCCCCCUGCCACACUGCAAAAAUUGUUCAAUAAAUGGUUUAAGAAACAUGGCACAGAUUUCAAGGUGUUGACUUGACCUCCAAAUUCCCCAGAUCUCAAUCCGAUCAUUGAGCAUCUGUGGGAUGUGCUGGACAAACAAGGCUCAUCCAUAGAGCCCCCACCUUGCAACUUACAGGGAGACCUGCUGCUAAUGUCUUGGUGCCAGAUACACCAGUACACCUUUAGAGGUCUUGUGGAGUCCAUGCCUCGAGGAGUCAGAACUGUUUUUGCAGCACAAGGGGACGUACACAAUAUUAAGCAGGUGGUUUUAAUGUUAUGGCUGAUCGGUGUACAUUUCCAACAGGUCCCUUCCCUCAGGCUCCAGCCAUGUCCCAAGUACAGUUCACUGCAUUUGUCUGGGUGAUGUAACCAAAUGGAGAAUUAUCUCUUGGCGUCCACCCUCAGGUACAGCUGAAUUAAAAGAUUGAAAGAUUGAAAAAAAUAUUUUUUUUAUUUUAUUUUAUUUUUAGGAACAUAUUAUAUAUAAAUAUAGGAAAUAUGCCUCAACACCAGUUGGUGGCAGAGUUAUUGGAUCUCAACUUUAAUGGAACACAAAUGUUUUUGCAUAAAUGUCUUUUUUUUCUUAGAGACAAAUUGGGCUACAUUUGGAACAUUGUGUGGAAAGCAUGUCUGUAGGUGGGGGGUUUAACAAUAGAUCUUGUUUUAAAGCAAAUAAUCUGAAUUCAUUCUAAUCAAUUUCAUACGUCGUCUAUGACAAACAAAGGGAGUCUUUGUGCAGACAGUGUAUCUUUCAUUUCUGUUUUAAUUUGCUUAUGUCCAUACCAACAAUGAUAAAAAGGUAUAUUGCAGAUACUGCAGGUCAGAAAUGCAUGUGUACCACAGCAAACUUUCCCCUCGGGCUGAAAAUUUUGUAGAAAAUUGAAAAUUUACCUGGCAACCCUGAUCCUGACACAUAUCCUAAUCUGUCAAUCCAGGAUGCCUGAUUGUCAGCAGUAUUCUGCACAUCAAAUAUACUUCUCCAUCAAAGUUUGAAUUUUUAUUUAACCUUUGAAACCAUCUGUCAAAUUUUUUUCAAAUUAAAAAGUUUUCAACUGACUCUAAUACACCUGAAGCUCAGUGGAUUGAUAGUGAGACAACACUGGUCUAUACAAUAAAAAUAAGUAUACAGUUAAUAUAUUGUUAAUAGAACAUUAAUAUUUAUACUUCCAACUAGGAACACUGUAGACCAUCCAUUUAAUAAUAUUACGUAAUCUUUUUAACGGAGUCAAACUUAUUAUUUUUUUUUAUUUAUCCUUUCUUUAGCCAGGAAAGUCCCAUUGAGAUCCAAGAUCUUUUCUUUCAGGGAGUCCUGGUCAAUUUAAAUUUAAUAUUGUUUGUUUUAUAUUUUAGACCUAAAAAUUAAUGAUUGAAUUAAGUUUUUAAUGCAUGGUGUCCACAUACAUGGACCAAAUCUGAUUAGGUUUUUAAAAAUUUAUGCAUAAAUGGGCUAAUGCAUGGGACAUGCAGAUUUACUACAUAUCGAUAUCAAACUUCCCUCGGCCUAGCUUGUAUGGUCCUGUAAGCUAAGUAUCUUUGUGAGGAGAAAUUCCUUUAAUGGUGUGAAAAUACUCUACACCAGUGCUGAAUCUGAAUUUUUGUUUGUUCAUUUGUUUGUUUUGCCUUUUGCACUUCUGUACAAUCUGGUUGUACAAAGAGAAUUAAUCUGAUGCUUCAUCAGUUCUCGGUCUGUAAUGUACUUUGGUAAUUAUGGGCUGUUAUCUGUUUUUUAUUUUCAUUAGCUUAUCUUUAUAUCUGUGCUGUGCAUAGAAACCUAUCUGUCAUGGGGAACACAUUACAAAACUGCUUGUAAUUGUGACACUAGUUUUCACUCUCCAACACAAAUUUCUGAUAUUCAAUUCUGUUUUUCACAUCUUGUGUAUUGUUUCUCAGUAUGCACUUAAUUGUGAGUUCAUUAAAUGUUUGUGCUUA